CUGCAUCUCUGGAUCAUGGCGGAGAGCCCACAGGAACGGAGUCCAGGGGUCUUCAGUCGCAUUGGGAGCUGGCUGUCGUGGGGUUGGGGCAGCCCACCGCCCAGUGGAGAUGAACCCUCGCCCGAGACACAGCAGCACAGCCGAGAGGAGGACUGCAGUGAAACAGAGAGCGAGUGUUCAGCUGUAAAGGUCACAGAUCACACCCCUGUCCAAGCAGAGAGAAGCUCCUCCCUGAGCCGGAAUGCCAAACAUUUGAGUUCUGCUGCGGGGAGAGGCUCGAGGGGUCUCACCUCUCACGUGUACCUGGAGGAAGACAGCGAUUCUGAUUUAUAUACUAGCACAGAACCACACGUCACUUUCUCACCUCAGGUGACCUCUGACCUCACUAACCAACAGGAGUCGGACCAAAUGGGGCGGAGAAGAUCAGGAAAAAAAAGGAGGAGCUCUCAAGGAGAUGGGGGCGGGACUAAGACCAAGUCACCAACCACAAGUCAGCCCAGCAGCCCUGCAAUAACCAGUUUGGCAAGAAGCCCAGAGCCGGCAUGGGCUGAGUCAGCGUUUGAGGAGGCGCCAAAACCCGUUCCUGAAUUCCCCCGAGGAGAACUGCCAAACUCACCUGAAGCAGGUAGAGACGACGAUAUUACAGAAUGGACAGAAGCACACAUUAAUGACACCUCCGGACCUUUGAGCUCACAGGACGCCCACGCUGUCACAGAUUCAGACAUGGAUGAAGAAACGGUCGUCAGACUCACAGAAACUCCGGAAUCCAAACGCAGAAGUCUCAAAGUGUCUCACAGUGAGAAGUUUUUCGCUAAGAGGGUUGUGGUUACGUCUAAACCCCACACAGAGGAACAACAUGAAAGGUUUAAUGAAGCCGAAGACACGACGGACCAUGAACAGACAAACGUUGAAGACAGGGCAAGCUAUGUAGAUAACUGGUCAGAUGGCCAAAGGAAAGUGAAAAGCACUCCUCGUGUAGGCGGAAUCUCGGACAAGAUCAGUUUGUUUGAAAGCCAAGCGAGCAACCCGUUUAAGAGUAACUUCACAAACCUGAGACGUGGGGAUAUUUCUCCAGCUCAAAAUGUGUCGAGACAAAGACAGUUUACAGAACCUACCAGCUCCAAAUCCGAUUCCGUUCCUUCAAACCUGUCGGUUAAAGACCGUGCUGUGAAUUUCAGUGCGGACCGGAGAAGAGACAUGACGUUUACAGUACCGUCGACCACAGCGGGAAUAUCUGCUCAAACGUGGAACGGUGGACAAUUAAAAACAGCUGGUCAUACUGAAACAUCUCUGUCUACGAAAACGUUUGACAAAUCUGCAGCAAAGGCAGGUACCAGCGGAGAGAAACCUGAGGUUAAACCCAAUCCUCCAUUAAACACAGAUCAAACAGACUCCAAAUCCCACAAUGCAACAGAGAACGCGUCAAAUGAUGAGAUUAAAGAGGUUUUAUCACUGGCUGAUCGGAGCCAGCAGACAAAAUCACCCACCCGGACGGCUUCAAGAUCUAAAAAACGAUUAAACAAAGAAGUGGCUCAACCGCUCAGCCCCACCAGCAAGAACAAACGGGAAGUUGGUCAAGAUAAACAUGAAGUGAGACACACAGAAAGAAGUUCAGUGCCUGAUAUGCCCUCAAAACAUCUUACAGGUACAAAAACCACAGAUCAAUAUUCUGAUAAAUUACCAACUAACAGCUCUCGUAUUCCAAAAGAAAAACCAGAAGACUUGGUAAGAGCAAAAACUCGAACGGUCGCAAAUCGUUACAAAGAGAUGGAUGAGAAGGUUGUGAGCCCCACAUCUGAAACAUCACAACCUUCACCUGCUUCUGCAUACCAAACCACGAUCAGCUCCAAUGAGGACCAGACAGAACCAAAACACUCAGAAAAAGAAGAGAGGAGAACAAACGAGAGCUCAGAAAGAGAGAGUCUGAAGAACAGAGACACGAUUGUGAAACCAGAUCCAUCUGUGACAAAUGAAGAGAAACCACCAGCCCCAGAGGACCUGAAGGAGGCCAGCCCUAAAUACCCCUUUGAGCCGGCGAAUAGCAGCUCUGGGAAGGAUGUUGUGCGGAACGGAAACAACAAGACGGAUUUUAAAGUGUUACCUGAGAAAGACACAGCUACAGCAAGAGAAACCUCUGUAUGUGUCCCAAAAUCAGAUGAAAGUAAAGACAACCUGACAGAAACACUCAAAAACAAUAACACAUCUAAGCCAGAAAUGAAAACAAAGAUGAUCAAACUAAAGAACACCUCAUCCAUCUCAACCAGGCAGAGUAAAAGAACAGAAACAACAGAAAAUUACAUUUCUAUUGAACUGACCAAUGAGAGCAGUGAAAACACAUUUCCCCCAAUAAAAUCUAAUAAUGAGAAUCUUUCUUUGAGUUCAGCCAAUGAGAAGGUCACUCCAUCAUCUCACAGAGCCAGUAAAUUCUCCACAGAGCUGACUGAUGAGACCACCAAGAAACCAACAUCAACAGAUGAGACAACAUCAAGUUUACCAACAUCAGCACAUGAAAAGAGCGCGCUUCCUCCAGCCUCAACAGAAGAAACGAGCACACCAACACCCCCAUUAACUGACAAUCAGACCACACCCCCGCCAGCAUCAACAGAAAAGAAGACCACACCUCCACCAGAAUCAUCUAUUGAAAAGACCACAGCUCAACCAACAUCAUCCUCAGACACAACUGUCACAUCUUCACUGGGCUCCUCUAAUAAAAAAAACACAUCUCCAACAGCAUUGUCAGUAGAAAAGAUCACACCUCUUCCAACAUUGUCAGAAGAAAAGACCACAACCCCACCAGAAUCAUUUAAUGAAAAGACCACACCCCCAGCAUCAACAGACAAAACCGCCACAACUCCACCAUCAUUAACUGUUGAAAAGACCACUCCCCCAGCAGCAGUAUCAACAAGGAAGACCACAUUUCCACCAAAACCAACUGUUGAGAUAACCACACCUUCACCAGCAGCGGAAGUAAAGAAGACCGCAUCUCCAGCAUCAUCAUCAAAUGAAAAGACCACGCCCCCACCAGCAUCAUCUGAAAAGAAGACCACAAUUCCACCAGCAUCAACUGUUGAGAAGACUACUACCCCACUAACAUCAUCUGAAAAGAAGAUCACGCCCCCACUAACAUUAUCUGAAAAGAAGACCACACAUCCACCAGCAUCUUCAAAUGAAAAGACCACACCUCCAGCAGCAUCAUCAAUUGAAAGGACCUCGUCCCCACCAAUAUCAUCUAAUGAAAAGACCACGCCCCCACCAGCAUUCAUUCUUGAGAAGACCACUCCCCCAGCAUCAUCAUCUAAUGAAAUCACUACGCCUCCAGCAACAUCAUCAAUUGAAAAGAACACACACCCACCAGAAUCAACUGUUCAGAAGACCACUCCCCCAGUAGCAUCAUCUAAUGAAAAGACCACACCUCCAGCAGCAUCCUCAAAUGUAAAGACAACACAUCCAGCAGCAGCAUCAAAUGAAAAGACCACGCCCCCUCCAGCAUUAACUUUUGAGAUAACCACACCUCCACCAACAUCAUCAGAAAAGACCACACCAGCAUCAACUGUUGAGAAGACCACGCCCCCAGCAGCAUCAUCUAAUGAACAGACCACAUCUCUAUUAUCAUCAACUGUUGGGAAGACCACACGCACAGCAUCAACAGCAGCCUCAACUGAAAAGAAGUCCACACCUCCAACAGUCUUGUCAGAUGAAAAGACCAUACCUCCUCAGAAAUCCUUGUCUCCCGUCAAUGUAAUGAAUCCUCAAUCUUCAGGUCCGGCCACCAGAAAGAAGGAGUUUCUACGGAAGCCGAUGUUCCUCCCUCAGAUCCCGUCAUCACCCCACCGUGACUCUCUCAACAGAGACUCUUUGUCCAGCUGGCUGGAUGUAGAACGUCCUGUCAGGAAAAAACAGCUCACUCCAGACCCCAAACCCAAGCUGAGCUCCUCCGCCAGUGAAUCCAGUCUGCUGGAAGCUUCCAGAGAUUUCGAUCCCAAUGACUUUAUCUCUAAAGUGAAGAGACAAGCGAUGCCCUUCACUCUCCCUCAGCGCAGACACAAAAAGCAUCGUCUGCACACCCCUCCAUUCGCCAUGCCUCCCAUCAGAGAGGACCGCAACGAAAAACCCUUUGACGUCGAAGAGUUCCAGCAUGGCCUUAGGAGACGGAGAGAGUUCACACUGGGUCUGAUCCCAAGCAAAACCUCAGAGGAGGACAAAUCCAAAAGAGUUAACCCAGAGAGAGAGAGCAUCCUGACCAGAUCCGUCCUCUUCAGGAGAGCAAAGAUGGAGGAGAUGGAGGAAGAAAAAGAGAACGAAUCAGACAAGAGUAAACCUGAAGCGGGUAUGGUGAGGUCUCGCCUGGAGAGGUGCUCUAUUCUCACCAGUCUAAGCCACCCCACAAAAACACGACGGAGGGAUUUUUUGAGCCCGACUGAAAGUCCCACAGAUGUGUUGUUAUCUACCAGUGAUGCUCCUGAAUCUCCUUCAACAACUCUAGAGUCACCCAAACCGGACACAAGCUGUACCCAAACCGAUAAUGGGAUUCAUUUAAAACCCACUGACCCGACACCAAACCUCAAACUCUCUUCAGCUGACCCGAUCAUCACCAUAGCAACCAAACCUCCCAUCAGCCUGCAGACUGGUUUCCAGCUUAAUCUACAAUCAGAUAAUUAUGGACCUGCCAUUACACCUGACCCCAGAAUGACCUCAGCGGAUGCUGCCGUCACCAUAGCAACCAAACCACCGCCUCCCAACAGUGUGCCGACCUGUUCCCAGCUUAAUCUACAAUCAGAUAAUAGUGGACCUGCCAUUACACAUGACCCCAGAAUGACCACAGCGGAUGGUGCCGUCACCAUAGCAACCAAACCACCCCCUCCCACUAGCGUGCCGACUGGUUUCCAGCUUAAUCUACAAUCAGAUAAUAAUGGACCUGCUGUUACACAUGACCCCAGAAUGUCCUCAGCGGAUGCUGCCGUCACCAUAGCGACCAAACCCCCACCUCCCAGCAGCGUGCCCACUGGUUUCCAGCUUAAUCUACAAUCAGAUAAUAAUGGACCUGCCGUUACACAUGACCCCAGAAUCACCUCAGCGGAUGCUGCCGUCACCAUAGCAACCAAACCACCACCUCCCAGCAGCGUGCCCACUGGUUUCCAGCAUAAUCUACAAUCAGAUAAUAAGGAAUCUGACGUUACACAUGACCCCAGAAUCACCUCAGCGGAUGCUGCCAUCAACAUAGCAACCAAACCACCACCUCCCAGCAUGCAGGCCGGUUUCCAGGUAAAACUACAACCUGCCGUGAAACCGGAACCCACUGUUGCCAUGGGAACGGAGGACUCCCCUCCACCGUUUCCUUCCUUUGAUGACAUCAGGUUUCCUGGCUACCUGGAGAAGAUUCUGCCAAAGGGGCCUGAAGCAUCGGUACCUAGAGAAAGUGCAUCUGGUCCGGUUGGUUUGAACAAGGCUGUCGACGUUCAGAUGAGUGACAACAGUGUUCCUGUGGCACCUCCUGCAGACAUUCCAGAAGCUCGUGGUUUCCAUCGACGCCCUGGAAAGAUUGUGAUAUAUCAGCAGCAUCAGUUCAGCGGUCAGAGCUUUGACUUCUACAGAGAUGAAGAGGAUGUUACACACCUACAGCUCUCCAGUGUCAUAUCACUGAAAGUGCUCAGAGGCUGUUGGAUACUGUAUGAGAAAGCAGGAUUUGUGGGGCGGUGCAUCGCUCUUGAGGAGGAAGAGAUUGUGGAAUUACCCAAUGAAUGGGGAGAAGAGGCAGGACGAACAUCUGUUCCGUUUGUCAUUGGCUCACUUCGACUGGCUCUCAGAGACUACACUCCACCCCGGAUCGAGUUGUUCUCUGAGGCUGAUGGUCGGGGCAGAAGCUCAGAGUUCAUGGAUGACACAAAUGAACUGGGAGCAUUCGGUCUGCCACAGAACACCGGCUCCAUCAAAGUCCACAGUGGACUAUGGCAGGUGUUCAGUGAUGCUGGGUUCCAGGGUUUUAUGGCGGUGUUGGAGAGCGGAGAGUAUCCGUGUCCAGAGUCCUGGGGUUUCACGGUGCCGGCGGUGGGUUCUCUGAGAGCUCUGCGUAUGGGGACCGUGAAGGUCCAACACCCAAACGCUGUGAAGGCUGUGUUGUAUGAGAAAGCGGGUCUGCAGGGUGGUUGUGUGGAGGUUCAGGGAGACGUGUUUUCAUUCAGAGGGACAGACGGAGAGCCGGAAGGUCACGGAUUGAGCUCUGUGGCGUCUCUGAAGAUCCUCAGAGGCCUAUGGGUGGGAUAUGAUGAGGCCGGGUUUGAGGGGCAGCAGUUUGUCCUGGAGGAGGGAGAAUAUUUGGACUGGAGGGACUGGGGCGGUAUGGGUCAGAAUCUUCGGUCUCUGCGGCCCGUUCUUACGGAUUUCUUGUCUCCUCACAUGAAGAUGUUCAGGGAUUUGGAUUUCUUUGAGCGAGGUGCUAAUGUUGAUGUGAUGGAGCUGCUGGAUAACACAGCAAACACAGAAUACGGCCCACAGACACAAUCCAUCGAUGUUCUGUCUGGAGCAUGGAUUGUGUUUGACGAGCCUGGGUUCUGCGGUCGACACUAUGUUCUGGAGAAAGGUCUGUACAGCAGCCCGGAGGACUGGGGCUCAUCCAACAGCAGAAUUCUCUCUGUCAUACCCAUCAUGCUGGAAAAUCAGAAUUCCUCUCACUUUAAGAUUCAGUUGUUUUCAGAGCCUGAGUUCAGUGGUACGUCGGUAUUGGUGGAGGACACAUUACCCACAAUGCCUCAGGGCUUCAUCAUGUCCUCCUGUAGAGUUCACGCUGGAAGCUGGCUGGCUUUCGGGUGUGAGAGUUUUUCCGGGUCACAGUGUGUUCUAGAGGAUGGUGAUUAUCCGGAUCUGAGGAUGAUGGGAUUCACACAACCUAAAACAUCAGUUCUGUCUCUCCAACCUGUUGGACAUGAGUUUUCUCUGCCGUCUGUAGUUCUGUUUGAGCGUUCUGGAUUCAGAGGCAGAAGACUUGUGCUGAAGUCCAGCUCAGUAAAUCUUCAGCUCACAGAGAGCUGCACCAGAGUCUCAUCUAUACUGGUGGAGGGUGGCAUCUGGGUUCUGUAUGAGUCAAACAACUUCAGAGGUUCUCAGUUCCUGCUGAAGCCGGGCGAGGUUCCUGAGUGGCAAAAAAUGUCCAACUGGUCAAGAAUUGGAUCACUCCGGCCGCUUAUUCAGAAACAAGCCCACUUCCGUUUACGGAACAAGGAGGCGGGGUUAAUGAUGUCUUUGGUCGGGUCACUGGGAGAAUUGAUGCGUAUCCAGGCAACAGAGGAGAUGGGCGGUGUGGAGCAGGUCUGGAUGUAUCAGGAUGGACACUUGCAAUCCAAAUUGUUGGCCGGUUGUUUUGUGGAUGCGAGUUCUAAUAUGCUGAUGGCUGGCAGCAGAGCGGUUCCAUCUUCAGAUCCAGAUAAACCUCAUCAGCUGUGGAACAUCAAUUCUGACGGACUCAUCCGGAACAACGCAGCACCAAACCUCGUCCUAGAGGUCAAAGGAGGUCAACAGUUUGACAGAAACCAGAUUAUCAUCAACGAAUUCCAUCCAAACAAACUGAAUCAAAGAUGGUCCCUGGAGCUUCUCUGAGCUCUGGUGCGGAGCUGCGCCCGAGGGACUAUGAACUGUGUUUAUUAUGGAACUCUUAUUCUCCAGAGAUGUAAAAAAACACAACAGCAUUAAGAUGAUAUUCCACCGGACAUCUGUGCGUUUAUACAGUCCAAGCUGCCUCAAACCAGAUAUUACAGAACCAAAUACUUGAACAGUCUUUCUUUAUUUACUUUUUGUUUUGUAUCCAUACAAUUCAUAAACACUCCUGUAUGGUAUCUGACGUGUUUUCCUUAUCUGUAUAAAGUGUUUGUCAAAAGUAUAAAGUGAAAUGUCUCAGAGUUCAUUACUCAAAUCAGUG